AUGUCGAGCCGAACUCUCAAUGAAGUGGCUCCCACAUUCGUUUCUCGACCACGCGACGAGCUCAAAGUAAUUGCACGCGCAACACUGGCAGCGGUCGAACAAGGAUUUUACACGGACAGCGAGUCGGCAAGACAUCCAUUUGUUGAUCUCUCUUCAGAGGCGAACUCGACAACUUGCUACGACAAAGAUUCCUUUGUGGACUGGAGAAGCGUGAUCAAGCGACGGAGUGUGCCGACAGAGUGUCUAAUAUACCAAGCUUCUACUUUACAAGCAAUACGACAAAAACACGCCGAUCUUCCAACUUCGAGUCGACUGGCAAUUCUGAAUUUUGCCUCGGCGACUUCCCCGGGAGGCGGCUUUCUGGGCGGGGCCCGGGCGCAAGAAGAGACGCUUGCACGGUCCUCGAACCUCUACUCAUCGCUGUCCAGCCCGAUCGCAGCGCCGUUCUACUCUGCCCACAACACAAAAUCGGAUCCACGAUUUUCCCAUGCUAUGGUGUUCACUCGAAACGUUCGAUUUACACGCGAUGACGCUGGCAACUGGCUACCCCCUGUCGACGUCGACGUGCUCACGAGCGCCGCAGUCAACGUCAAUGCCCUGCGAAAGUCCCUCCACCUGCCAGCCGAACGUCCUCUGCCGGCAGACCAAGACACCGAAGUAGAAAGUAUCAUGCGGGAGCGAAUGACACGGAUACUGGCCGCAUUUGCGCACAACGGGGCGGAAGACAUCGUGCUCGGCAGCUUUGGCACCGGGGCGUUCCGCAACAGGGUCGAUUUCGUAGCAAAAACAUGGGCGGAGCUGCUCGCUGGUCCGUUCCAGGACGUUUUUCGAUGUGUGGUGUUUGCGGUCAUCGACCAAGGGAGUUGGCGGAUGUUUAAAGAUGUGUUUACGCAGAUUGGGGUACACUUUACAGAGGAAGUAGCAGAGCCUAUCUAG